UUUCCAUGAAAUUAACCUAUCGACCUGGAUCGAUUAACGAUCGAUUUGCUCCACAUAAUCAUUUAUUUAUAAAUAUUCAAGCUUUUCUUAAACCAAUAGCUUCUAGUCUUGAAAUGAAAACUUUUUUCAUUCCCAAUAAAAAUAAGCAUUAUAAUUUUGACGAGCUAUCACAGACAACGUCAAAGUUGCGUGAGCCGUUGCGCUGCAAACAUGCACUGGGACAUGGAAUUAGCGACGAUCUUCGAGACCGAACCCGUAUCGGUGUUAGCGGAAGCCGGGACGAUGCGACGCCAGUACUCGUCGUCGCUCUCGUCGAGCAGCGGCGGCGGAGGCGAGCCCCUCAUCGUCGUCGAGGAGAGCACACUGGCCGAGGAGGAGGCCGCCGACACGUUGCAGUACCAGCAGUCGGACUCGCCGCCGAGGUGCCUCGACCCGGACUCGCCCGGACUCAAUCCGUACCUGCUGUCGCCGUGGCGCGAGGCCCGCAAACACUCCCUGCCGACGCCUCAGUGCACCUCGGGCAUCACCGCCUCGCAGGUGCGCCGUCUGAGCGAGCGCGGAGGCGAGGGCUCGGGUCCGUCGCCGCGCGAGGCAGCUUUCCUGGCGACUCUGUCGCAGUCGACGCCACCCCAGCCAGGCGGUCGCAGGCACUCCGUCGUGACGAUAUCGCGCGUCCCGCCGACCCUCUUCGGACGCAAUAGGCGCGAGUCCAUCGCCGCCUUUCCCAUGGGCGGCGCGCCCCGCAUCCUGGCAGGCAGACGCGACUCCUCGGGACUGCUCUCGGGCCCGCCGAGCAACAGCGGCAGCACCCACAAUCUCCAGCUCGACAUGAUGGACGACAUCGUCGACAUCAAAGCCAGAAAGGUGCGACUGAAAAUGUGGCGAACUCCGUCGAGGGAGCGCGUCUGCGAAGUCCAGCCGAUCGAGAACAACGGCUCGACUUCCGGCGCGGCCCAGCGAUACACCGCGUCCCAGUGCCGACGCUACUCGGACUUCGGUCUGGCCACGAUCCCGUCGGACAGGUCGACGCGGCGCAGAGCCUCCGAGAUGCCGCCGAGGAUACCCCUGGGCCCGCCGCCCCCGAUCCCGCCUCGCUCCGGCUCCUCCGGCAUCGUCUGCUCCAAUACCGAUCUCAUAUCGAUCUUGAGCUCGCUAACGUCCUCGGCGACGGAGAUCGAUCGCUGCGGCAUCGACGAGGAGCCAAAAGAGCCGGCUAAUGGCAAGUCUCAACCUUCGACGUCUACUUUCAAAACGAUCGAGCAGAGGAGAAACAGGUUAAAGAGUAACCGGUCCAACAGUUUCGACGUGUCGAUACUUCACGGCUGCGGCGACAAGCAAUCGGCAACGAGCGCAUCGCUGGCCGCAGCCACCAGCUCCACGUCGUCGUCGUCGUCGAAAAACAGCUCCUCGACCAUCUCGGCGUCCUCGUGGUUCGCCAAACGACACCAGCCAAUGGCGAAAAAGCAGCGCAGCGUCUGCGGCGAGUCGAGCGCCGUCCCGACCACUCUGAGCUUCAAAUUCGAAAAGUCGCGCGUCGUCAAGGCGGUGAAGGAGAGCCUGUCCAAGGUCACUUCGCCGACCAAGGACGACGCCAAGCACAAGGUCGUUUGGGACGGCACCAGCGGCACCAAAGUCGAUGCCCAGCUCCUCGGCAACGCGAUCGAAGAGUUCCUGCGCAGCGGCGUUGGUGCCAGUGGCGGCGGCGGCGGCGAGACUCCGGACGCCGAGAAAACGGUCCACUCGCCGACCGGAAGAGCGCCGAGAUCUGCCAGCGGCGGCACCCCGACCAGCCGAGUGGCCGCCUGGUUCGCCACCAGUCCGGGCUCGGCCUCGACCGCCCCAGCCGCCACCAAUAGCAGCGGAAGCGUCGCCGGCACCCCCAACAAUAACAAUAACAGCAAUAACAAGGACGACCAGCCGGAGCAGAGCGACCAAGCUGGCGAUGCCUCGAUUCGUUCCUAGCUCAAAGAUCUGUUCGUCAAGUGAAGACAGCGUCCGGGACUAGCGCGAAGGGACAGUUUGUGCACUCGCGUGUGUCAUUCUUUUGGUUUUGCUGGUUGAUUACCAGAGUCCUGCAGGACUUUCGAGCUAAUUGUAAAUUUCGUUCUGCGCGUGUAUCGCGACGUUGGCGUGUGUGCGAUUAAUUAGACGUUUUUUACGCUGACCAUUAUAAUAGAUAAAGCCAAAUGUAUCAUAUGAAUAUGGUGCAGCCGUUGUUCGACUACCAUGAUAAAUAAAUAAUAAUCGUUUAGAGCUUCUUGCAAUCGAAACUUGAUAUUCAAAGUGACAGAGCAUUCGACGCCUCGGCGAUAGCAAUGUACAUUGAAUAAAUGUGAGUCAUUAAAAUUACCUGGUAACAAAAAGAAUCAACAAUUCUAUUUACUUUUAAAUUCAAAGUAAAAAGACAUCGAUUUCUUUGAACAAUAUCUUGAACGAUUUCAUUUUUUUACUCUCUCUCUCUAUCUUGAAUAACUCACAUUUUAGAAUAUCAAUCACUUAUUUUGCUAAUCGCUAUAGUUAUUACUUAUUACAUAUGGCUCCAUUCAUUGAGUAAAUUAUUUUUAUACAGUGGAGAUGAUUGGCGAUUCAGAAAUAAGACGAGAUGAAAUUAAAAAAUUUUAGAACAUAAAUAAUUAUAGGUGUUGAAGAUAUUAAUUGCAAAAAUGAAAAUAAAUUCUUGCAUAAAAGUCUUGCAUUUGAUCCUCUGCUGGACAAAGGACGUUAUUUGAAUACCAUAAAAUUAAUUAAAUAAUUAUUAUUUCACUAUGCAGAACAUUCCCUUCCUUUAAUUGAAAAGCCACAGUAAAUAGAGUCUACUGCAAGAUUCGUUCGUGUACUAACAGUAAGCAAAUAAGAGUAAUUAAUUACUGAUAUCCAUGUCAAGCCCGAGGGACACUUUGUUUGCAAGUAAUGUGUAAUUGUACAUUGACUAAAAAUUGUAUAAUCUACUAGUUGGCUAAAAUACAACUACAUCUGGCUAUUAUAGCUCAUAAUAUAUUUAGGCUACGACAUAAGUGAUGAUAUAUUUUUUGAAAAAAAAAAGAAAAAGUUGAAAGAUUUAACGUAAUGAUACAUUUCGAUAGAAGAUCAAAAUAAUAAAAAUUAUGGACCAUCAUUAUGAAUGUAUAGACAAUCUUUAGUUAGAAAAUUAUGGUAAACUUUAAAAUUGUUAUAAAAAAAGUUAAUAAAAAAUUUAGAAUAAAAUAUUGUACAGAAAUUAUUACAAAAAAAACAAUAUAAUAAAAACUUUUUUAGAUUUCAGAAUAAAAUUUCUGAAUCUUUGUUCCGUCUAUCUAAUAAUAUAUAGAUAAACCUCAUUAAAAAUGAAAAUAAUUAAUAAAGCGUCUGAUGUUCGUGUACAAAAAAAGUAUAGAGAUUUGUAAAUGAAAACUUGAUGUUGAAUCGUUCGAUAAAUGUUCCUCAUAAUACACAUAUAUAAAAGGAAAGGCGUUGCAGUGUAUUAAUUUUGGUUGAAUUUUAAAAUCCGAUAAAAAUAAUAUAUAACUAAAACAAAAUACAUUUGUUUUAUCAACUUAACAACAUUGAGUGCUCAAUAUACGCAUAAUAUAAAUAUCACUUUCUGCAACGAAUGAUAAAAAAAAGCAAAAUGCAAUACAAUUAUCAAAUUUUGCUCGUAAAAAAAAGCAAUCGAGCAAGAUGUUUUUUUACGCGUUUUAAGAAAGAUGUCCUUUUUCUAGAUGCUUGUAUGCAUAAAGUAUGUAUGUAUAUACGUAUCAGUUGAUUAUUGAUUUUCACAUAAUUGCGAUGAAUGCAAUUUCCUUUUUACCACUACCGACCUAAUAAUAUUUACCUUACGUCUAUGUAAUAAACGAGUAUAUGUGUGUGGUGGUUCGGCAAUUUUUCAAGGUUACCAACAAAAUAUAAAUCUAUAUCAAAUUAAAAAUGGUUAAAAUAAUCUGUAAUAAUAAAUAAACAUUAUCUGUAAAUAAGGUUUCGAUUUUUCGUUAACUAUAAACAUUCCGUAUUUGUAAUUCUUUGAAUUAAUAAUAUUAAUAAAAAAUGAUAUAUACCAAUGUAUUGUCGCGAACGUAUUAAAUAUUGUUUACUGAAUAUUACAAUAUGUGCAAGCGUUUACACACGCUUACGAGCUAUGCUGUAUGAAAUGAUAGUUUAUAAGAAGUAGCACGCGUCGCAGGACGGUGCGGUUUAGCUGAAUAUUCUAAAAAGUCGAAAAAUAAAUUGUGUAUUGUGACAACAAACGAUUGUGCAGUGCACUGUAAAACUGAUGCUACAGCGCAAUUAUAAGUCGCAUUAUGUUACGCGUUAAGGGACAUGAAUCGUUAUCAGCAAAUUGUAGAUUCAUUCAAUGUUAUUUAACAAGAAAAUAUUGUAAGAUCUGAGAGUAUCACCUUAAUUGUACUGGAAAGUUGAAUUAUAAAUUAAAUAGAUUACAUUAGAACCGAUUAAAAGAACAGAAAAUAAAUUGGAAAAAUGAUGUUGUACAAAAUAAAUCUUCAAUGUUUGAAAACAUA